AUGGGCGUAUUUCUUGAAAAUGUACGAGUUCCACUCCCGUAUUUUUCCAUUGCUAAACGAACAUGUCGAAUAGGGAGACCACGCAUAUUUGGGCAAUUUCCUUAUUUGAUAGCAAUUGCGGUCGCUUGGUGCAUUUGUCUUCUGCUCACUGUUACUGAAGUAGAACCGAAGGGCGGGGAGGCAAGGACGGAUAAAAACUACACAAUGGCGGUCAUUGCUCAGUCUCCUUGGUUUCAAAUACCAUACCCAGGCCAGUUUGGAUGCCCUCAUGUUUCAUUUGGUCUUACAUUGGGAUUUCUCUCCUCAUGUAUUGCAUGUAUGAUGGAAAGUAUUGGUGAUUAUCAAACCUGCGCUAGGGUCUCCCAUCAACGAACGCCUCCUUCAUCGUCAGUAAAUCGAGGAAUAAUUUUUGAAGGAGUUGGCAGUGCUUUAGCUGCUUCUGUGGGACUUGCUACUGGUGUCACUACUUAUGCUGAGAAUAUCGCAUUAAUGCAUAUCACUAAGGUAGUGAGCCGUUCUACUAUGCAAGUAGCUGGUGUACUGCUUGUCCUAACUGGCCUCUUUACCAAAUGUGCUGCUGUGUUAGCCUCAAUUCCAGACGCUGUUAUUGGCGGAAUACUCGCAAUGGGGGUAGCCAUGAUAACUGGCGUAGCAAUUAGUAACUUGCAGCUCGAAGUAGUUAGAUUAAUUAAGAACGUUGAUUUACGGCUGACUCGUAAUUUAACAAUCAUGGGGACAGCCAUCUUGAUGGGAGCAGUGAUCCCACACCACUUUGAGAACAACCGAGUAAACACAGGAGUGAAGACCAUGGAUGACUGUCUGAAUAUGCUUCUGAGCAUUCGAAUGCUUAUAGCAGGAGUAGUUGCUUUCAUAUUAGACAAUACUGUACCAGGCGCAACUAGGGAGCAGAGAGGAUUUGCCCUCAAGGAUCUGAAUGAAAAUAUUUCUGCCGAAGACGAUGGCUACGCACCACCACCGAUAGUGCGAAGGUAACU